AUGAAGAUUUUAAUUAUUCAAAACGUUGUCGACACUGGGACUUCCCAAGCGGUCCCCCACCUUAGUACUAACCCAGCCUUAAGGCGCUUAACUUCGGAGUUCGAAUGGGAUCCGGUGUUUUCACCUUAGUAUGGCCGACAACAAAAGUUGUCGACACUGGGACUUCCCAAGCGGUCCCCCACCUUAGUACUAACCCAGCCUUAAGGCGCUUAACUUCGGAGUUCGAAUGGGAUCCGGUGUUUUCACCUUAGUAUGGCCGACAACAAAAUUAAUAUCUAUAAAUAAAUAUUUAUAACAAUAACAUUAUUCAAUUUGUUUUAUCACUUAAUAAUCUACAAUUUACUCAAAUAAAUUAAUAUUAGUUGUCGACACUGGGACUUCCCAAGCGGUCCCCCACCUUAGUACUAACCCAGCCUUAAGGCGCUUAACUUCGGAGUUCGAAUGGGAUCCGGUGUUUUCACCUUAGUAUGGCCGACAACAAAAUAAAACAAUACUUUUUAAAUGAUUAAAAAUAAUAUUAAUUAAAAUAAAAAAGGUUGUCGACACUGGGACUUCCCAAGCGGUCCCCCACCUUAGUACUAACCCAGCCUUAAGGCGCUUAACUUCGGAGUUCGAAUGGGAUCCGGUUGUCGACACUGGGACUUCCCAAGCGGUCCCCCACCUUAGUACUAACCCAGCCUUAAGGCGCUUAACUUCGGAGUUCGAAUGGGAUCCGGUGUUUUCACCUUAGUAUGGCCGACAACAAAAAAUAAAGUAAAAUUAGUUAUUAAAAACAAUACUUUUUAAAUGAUUAAAAAUAAUAUUAAUUAAAAUAAAAAAGGUUGUCGACACUGGGACUUCCCAAGCGGUCCCCCACCUUAGUACUAACCCAGCCUUAAGGCGCUUAACUUCGGAGUUCGAAUGGGAUCCGGUGUUUUCACCUUAGUAUGGCCGACAACAAAAGUUGUCGACACUGGGACUUCCCAAGCGGUCCCCCACCUUAGUACUAACCCAGCCUUAAGGCGCUUAACUUCGGAGUUCGAAUGGGAUCCGGUGUUUUCACCUUAGUAUGGCAGACAACAAAAAAAUAAAGAGAAAAAUGAAUUAAAAAAUUUUUAAUAAAUUUAAAAAGAUGAUCUAAAGUUAUGA